ACGCGCAAAAUUAAGUUCUAGAAAAACUGCCUACCUAAUUCACCUAAAAUAUUUAUUCGUGAAUGUGAACGGCUUUUAAAUAAUUUCUUGAUCAUCACAAUUUCUUGAUCAAUGUGGAGACAAAACAAAGAAAAACGAACAUUUAACAAAAAAAAUCCUGGCAUCACACUUUACGAUGAAAAUGGAAAAAUAAGAAAAACAAAAGAAGAUCUUUGUGACUGUUUAGACAUUAAUUGCACCGGAUGCUUUUUUCCAUGUAAAAGAUGCGAAUCGACAAAAUGUGGAGAUGUCUGUCGAGUCAAUCGUAAUUGGUAUUAUGAAGAAAUUUAUUUAGGUGACGCAGAUCCUGAAGUUUAUUCAGUCAAGUCGAUUAAAGCUCCAUCAAACUAUAAAAUUCGAAUUUGAAGUCUCAACGUUUAUCAAAAUUAAUUAACUAUUUAAGUAUCUCGUUCUAUGUUAAAAUGAUAGAAAAAUAAAAUAUUUACUAAUUUCAGUAAAUCUCCCACCUCAACAGAAUGUAUUUUAAAUUAAUUAGCAAAAUCAAAUAUUUUCGGAUUAAAAUAUAAAAGUUUAUAAAAUCCCCGAUUCUCAGUCGAAGCAACUUGUAGUCUUCCCUCAUCUCUUCGUUCCAUCGUUUUGCUGCCAACCAUUUUCAACAUAUCCUCAAUAUGUGUGUCGCAUGCAUGAUCAGCAACAAUUUUGCAAAGCUCCCUUACAUACCAACUUCCAAAACCGGUAUCACGAUGCGUUUGGAAUCCUGGGACGGUGCCGUAACAGAUUAGAAUGUCACUGUAUGAUGGCACUGAAAGGUUAAAACCUCCACUAUCCGUUUCAAUUGAAUGUAAUUUAAUAUGCUUUUCUUUAUCGGAAAUUGAACCUCGACAAAAUGGAAAAAAGAAAACUUUUGGUUUAAACGCCAAACUCUCACAAUUUGUAUUGGAAAACAUUUGAAGAACGUCUUCAAUGCUACAUGUAGGCCCAUCACUAAAAUCCAUUAUUGUAUGGUUUUUAUACAAAGUACCAUGAGUUUGAAUACAAAAUAUGAAGGAGUCAAUAUUCUUAAGAUAAUCAGAUUUGAUUAAAAGUCUCAUAAGAUCGAAAAAUUCAUUUCGCGUCAAAUCUUCGUAAUAGAAAACCGUGUAAUUCAUUUCUCUGAAAAGUGUAACGAGAUUCUCACGAUCUUGUUCUGCUCCAGUUCGAUCAGCUUUACCAGCAACAAAUUUGAUAAUAUUGACAAAGAAGAAAACUCCUCGUUUCUUUGAUUUCAUGUUAUAAACUUGAAGUUUGGGAUGUGAACCAAAAUUUGCUGCUCGCUUAACUUCCAAGUCACGAUCAUAAAAUGAUGUUUUUGCUGUAUAAGGCUCGAGUUUGAUUUUUUUCUUAAUAAUUUUAGUCAUGUUUGAUCCAUCAAAUGUUGUUGUUGAGUCUUUGUCAUCACUGUCAACGGAAUAAUCAAUUGGACUUGGCGGAGCAUAAGGAAUGGAAUUAGAAGAUAUUUUAUUAGUCGUGCCUUUAAUUGAUAGAAACCUGUUUUCGUCCUCCAUCACAACAUCAUCUUUAGAUGUAAAUGUAGCUGCUGGAAUAGGUGAAGCAUUAAGAAUCUUGUAUGCUUCUUCAAAGUUAUUUUCUUUUAAUAUAUCGAUGAUUCUAUCGAAAGCUUUAGGUCCCCGAUGAGUCAACUUCAUGAACAAUAAACGGUUUCUGUCCAUAUCAUCUAUUCCAUCUUUGUAGAUUAUAUCAGCCAUCACAUCUGUUAACACUUUUUUCUUGAGGCACGCAUUAAUCAUUGUUUUGAAAUCCGUAUAAUGCACAAGCUCAUUGAUCCUUUUUAUAAUCAGUUGUCUGUGGUUGUCAUUCAUGAUGAUGCUGUUAACUCUUGAACUUUUUUGUGUUUAAAUUAUUCAAAAUACACUAUUUUAAUGAGUGAUCAAAUAAAAAU